AUGUUUCGGCAAUCAGCUUCCAAAUUGGAAUCUGUUUUCCGCUGCAAAAGGCCAAUUCACUAUAUCAAACCUUUGAAGACCCAUUACAGACUAAAGAGCGACCUCAAUGAGAAGCUGCUCAAGGAGAACGUCCAAGAGUACUACCUAGCGCAGCAAGGAUUCAACUUUAAAAAUGUAUUCAAGGCCGCGCUCACAAUAUUAGUCCCGAUCACAGUGUCGUUAUCCGUAUAUACAGCUUACAAUAUUUCAAAAGGUGAGGAUGUCUUCAUCCCAUUGUGGUACCAGUCCACCGUCGAAUUGACCCCAGAGAACAACACUCUUCUUGAUAUGGAUAAACUCAAACGGAAGUGUAAGUCUGCAUUGGUUACCAAAUUGUCCUUAAGUUCACAUGUUCAACAAUCUUUUGGUCUACCCAUUCAAGUUGACGAAGAAUUGGAAACGUUUCAAGUUUUUAUCAAGUUUCAUAACGUGUCGUUCCAGGGCUUGCAGAUCAAUGCCAAUAGUAAAGGCAAGAACGAGCCAAGGUUUCAAUGGGCCAAUAGAGAAAUAUCCGUGACUGAUAAAGUACUGGACAUGUUAGAACCCUUCACUACACAGAAUAGCGAUAGCAUUGAUUUCCUAUACGAUACAAAAUCUCAGCUUCAUGCUGAUUAUGACAUUAUUAUAAAAGGUAGGCUCUCUCUCAAAGAUUCCAAAAAAAGUGCGUCUAACAGCAUUGAUCCAGAUUCAGGUGAUGUUCAUUUUACGGGACUUAUUCAAUUUGACCACACCAAAACUCUUCUAAUUGAUAAGGCAACUCUAACCUAUAAAGUAGAUGGGAAACCAGUUAUCAAAAAGCUGUGGUGA